AUGGUUCGACGAAAGGUUAUUAUAGAUACCGAUUGUGGGGGUGAUGAUGCCAUUGGAAUCAUGGCCGCCAUGACGCACCCGGAUGUAGAGGUUGUGGCUAUUCUCGCAGUGUGGGGCAAUGUGGACGUUGACCAGGGAAUGGAGAAUCUUGGGAAGUUGAUGGACCUCUACGGACGUAAUAUUCCUUUCUUUCGCGGUGCAGCCGGUCCACUUGUGAUAGAACGGGAAACAGUGCAGUGGGGUGGAUUUGGCAAGGACGGCUUUGGUGAUGCUGAUUUCCCUUCCUCCCGUCGUGUAGCCGCGCAGUCAACCAAGCACGCUGCACUUGCUCUUGUGGAUAUUCUUAGAGAAGCAAAUCCAGCAGAGGACGAGGUGUAUCAACUAGUCUGUCUCGGCCCCCUCACUAACGUGGCACUUGCUAUUCGUUUAGAUCCCGAUGCAUUUUUUGUCUUAGGUUCAGACACAGUACCUUCCGUGACGGUUAUGGGUGGUACUAGUGAAGGAAAGGGCAACUCUAAUUUGAUGGCGGAAUUUAACUUUCACUGUGACCCAGAGGCAGCGUUUGUGUUAUUUCAGCAUAAGGGAAUUCGACAUCCCAUACAACUGGUAAACUGGGAAGUUACUGUUAACUGUGCCAUGUCAUGGAGGUUUUACGAUCAAUGGGUAAGCCGGCGAGAGACAGACGAAGGAAUAAAGUCAGUAAACCAAAAUAAAACCCAACAAUUUAUUGAGAAACUUUUUCAGCGACUCGAAGCCUUUACGAGGCCUUAUGAAGAUGGUACAAAGGCUGACACUGGUGAUGCGGAAGCAACACAGGAUGUAACCUGCGUUAUACCAGAUGCUGUGGCAAUGGUCGUUGCGUUGUACCCAGAAAGUGUGGAGGAUAGCUUUCUUACAUACGUAACCGUUGAACUCCAAGGACGGGAAACUCGUGGGGCGACAUGUAUUGAUUGGUAUGGCACAGAACAAUCCAUGUGCAAAAAGGGUCGCUGGCGCAAUUGCCAGGUUAUUACGUGCGUAGACAACGAAAAGUUUCUUCAAGUCAUGCAGCACAUCGUGGAUUUUCCUCUACCAUAG